AUGAGUUUAAGUAAAGUUGAGAUCAUUCCUCUACAAAGAAUUGUUCGAGAUGAUCCUGCUAGGCGUAAUGUCGAGGAACAAGGGGUACCUAAUGCACCUGAAGUGCAACCCCAAGUCGAAGUCACCAAUGGUGAGUUUAAGGAAGCGAUCAGAAUCACUACUGAGGAUCCGGAAAAUUUUGUUGAGGAACUGCAAAAGGUGUUUGAGGUUAUGCACGUUGUCGAUGCUAAGCGAGUGGAACUAGAUGCAUAUCAAUUGAAGAGUGUUGCCAGGACUUGGUUUGACCAGUGGAAGAAGGGUAGAGCUGAGGGUGCACCAAUUUUGAGUUGCGCUAUGUUUGAAGAGGUUUUCUUGGGGAAUUUCUUUCCCCGUGAACUGAGAGAACCCAAGGUAUAUCUUACUCUCUUCUUUGCCAUGUUGAGCUUUACUUCUGGAUCCUUCUCGCACUGGAUAUGGGAAGCGGGAGGCCGGUUCACAAUCCUUUCUUCUGUAGCAAGUUUACUCUGUCUUUACUUUAUAUCACCAUUGGGAGUGAGGACGAGGGUCUUACUCUUGAUGAUUGCUGCCUUUUCCAUCGGCGCUUCUGUAGGCAUUUUUACCAAAUAUUUCUUUGAAAUAGAUCAAGAGCUUGUUUGCCGCCUUUUGGCACCUCCAACACUUGGCAUUGGAAUUAUCUGGUUUGGAUCCACGUUUACGAGGGAAAGGAGUGCAAUCUACAUGGGCAGCCUGUUCUAUUCUUCUCUUCUAUUUUUCUCCACCUUUAAUGCUAGUAAUUCAGAAUACAUUGACAGCCAUACAGCGCAUCGGAUGUUAAAGGUAUGCAUUGUGUUUGCAUUGUUCAUGGGAUACCUUGUGGUAUAUAGCCAAGAGAUAUUGUAUGAUGCUCACUUUGGAGAAAUUAACUUUGUCAAUCGCACACUCUCCAUCUUCUUCCGUUUACCGGGUAUAUUGUUCCAUGCUGCAAGACUAUGCCUGGUUGCAUAA